UUAUCAGCCGCACUGAGGUCGGCUGACGGCGCAGCGAUCGACAACACAACUUUUGACUCUGACAGCUUUAACUCCACGCCGCUCGGCUGGUUAAUCACUGAGCAACUCAUUUCACCCUUCAGUUUAGUGCUGAGGUUCCGUGCGAAGGAGCGCUAAUAUCAGACACUUCGAACACGUUUUUCACGAACUAUUACCCCGACAUUGAAAUACUUUUGUGACGGAGUGCGCUCUGUUAGCUUAGCAGGCUAACUUCACACUGGAAUCACAGCUAGUUAUCUAGCUAUUACCUGUUAGCUGACAACUAUCAGGAGCCACGGAAGCAGCCACCGAGACACAAGCAUGAACUGCCCUCCCACCAAGCGCCUCCGACGCCUGAACCACGAAGUAGCGACGGUGGUGGCCUUCAGUGACCCAUUUGGAGAUGACGAGGACUUCACCCAAGACGACUUGGAUGAGAUCGACGUCAUCGCCUCACAGGCCAUUGCCUCGGGUUCUGCAGGGGCGGGGCUCGGGUCUAAAUCAGAAACCAAACCGGUAGAGUCGGCCCAAGGGUUGGCUUGGCCGCCGUCUGCAGGGCAGAGCAAACCUCUGAGCAGAGCCACAUCAAAACAGAGCAAAGAGAACACGUUUGGGUUCAGCAUCAGCAACAGAGGGAAUGCUGGGAUAGCAAGCAGAGAGCCUCUUGGUAACGGGCAGCAGCAGUUCGGGUCGGACCGAGAGGACUCCUACAGUCUGCUGGAGGCCCAGCAUGCAGAGUUGAAGAGGAAGCUGAGGGAGGUGGAGGAGGAGAUUGUUUUGAAGAGCGGGGAGAUCCGUGUCCUGAGGGACUCCCUGAAAGCAGCUCAGCAGGAGAAGGAGGCUCAGAGACAGAACCAGAUUCUGCUGGAGACUCAGAAACAGAGAGAGCAGAGUGACAGGGAGAAGGAGCUCAACAGGAAGGUUCAGUCUCUGCAGUCUGAGCUUCAGUUUAAAGAAGCAGAGAUCAAUGAGAUGAAGACCAAACUGCACAACUCAGACAAAAACAAGACAGCCUCUCCACUGCCUAGAAACAGUCCUAAAGUGCUGAGCUCUCUCGCCCAGUUGCAUCAUGGGAGCAGCAGCAGCUCCUCCUCCUCUCCAACAGGAAAUGGUUUCAUCACCAAGGAGAUGUUUGGAGCCCAGGUCCCGUCCAGAACGACACCGGUGAAGACGCCGAUGAAGACACGGAGAGAUGCAGACAGAGGGGCGUCCGGCAGCAGAUCUGGUGAACACAGACAGGAAGUGUCUCAUCCAGACCCCUUCUUGUCUGUCAGACCUGCACACCUGCAGCACCGAGGUGGCGUCCUGCUUGGAUUGUUGCUGCAGCAGCCUCUGUCUCCCAGCGGCCUCAGCCUCUGUCACCUGCUGUCUAUGAGUCUGACAGACAUCAACCUGACAUCCAGCGGGCCGUCAGCAGGCUUUCUGCUCCACUCAGAUGCAGGAGCGAGUGUCAGUGGAGGUGGCGCUCCCAGAGCUGCUCUGAGCCCGGUCCAGAGUCUGGCUAUAACUGGACUGAACAUGCUCAGUCAAAGCCGAGCAGCGGCUGCAACGGGCAGCAGAAACAACAGGUCAUGUCCCGGAGCUGUCCUUCUCCUCCCUCUGUUGGACCUUCACCUUUCUCGACUAUGCCAGGCUCUGGACUCACUACGUACCGACUCCGCUGGCAGCAGAGGUUCAGACUCUACAGCGGCCAGCUCCCUCCCGGCAGGCCAUGCUGCUCCCACUGCCGGACCGGGAAGACUUGAGGAGACUGGUUUGUCUGGUUUCAGUGUGGAGGACGCUGGUUCGGCUGCUCUGCGACUCUUCUGCCUGCUGCUGGCCCACAGCGAUGAGGUUGUGGAGGCUGUGUUGUCAAAGGAGAGUCAGAGCAGAGUUACAGAAGACAAGACUGAGCCCUCUGCUGCAGGUGUGGGUCUCUGCUCCCAGAAUGCCUUGCUGCAGUCAGUGUUACGGCUGUGUGAAGCUGGACUUUGUGGCAGCAGCAGCCCACAGAGGGAGGAGCUUGUCCUCAGUGCCAUGAAGACACUGUGUGUCCUAAUUGAGAGGACACCACAAACACACACUGACAGGUUGCAGUGUGUGUUGCAGGUGGUGUGUGUGUGUUUGUCGGCAGACAGCAGGUUGCAGACAAUUUCAGAGUGUGUGUCUGUCCUCAUGUCAUUGUCCGACCACAGGACGCUGGCUCAGCAGGUCUGCUGUCAGCACGACCCCUGUGUUUUCCUGAAGUUAUUCCAAUUUAUCAGAACCAGACCAGUCAACCAGGCGACACACACAGACUGGAUUCUGCUGGACCUGCAGGUAGCGCAAACGCAUGCCCACAUACAUACGCACACACACACUGCAGAGACAUAUUUUAGUCCUACAGGAGAUGUAGAUGAAAAUCAGCAGCGUUAUGUCUUAUUGGUUCAGACAGUGGUGAUUGUCUUCCAUCGGCAGUGGUUGGAUCUUCGUGGAUCUCAGGAGCCGACAGACUCAACGGGCCUGCCCGAACCCCCUUCACAGUGCUCCACCCCCUCAUUGCCCUGGUGGCGCAGCCCGGGGGCAUCUCUGCUCAGAGAGUGUUUGCUGCUGCUGCACUGGCUGUUGCUGCGUCACGGCAGCUUCUCAGAGAGCUGCAGGCCGUUGCUGCACAUGUACGACCAGGUGAUCCCCGCCGUGCGAGACACGCUGAGGAAGAUCCCCGAGCUGAGCGAGAGCGAGGAGCUGGCAUUGGAGGAGAUCUGUCGCUCAGAGGGCGACGACACUGAUGACAUGGACACUGAUACUGGUUCGUGACUGAUCCCAUCAGAGACCAGUGAACAGACAUGAGAGACAGUUUACUGACUUUCGGACUGAGACGAGGACAGAACGGAGAAUCUGUUUUCGGUCAAACAUUUCUGAGAUAAAGUGAAUGUUGGAGAGAAAUGAAGGAUCCUAAAUGAAGUGAUGAGAGGUCACAGGAUUUAGUCUGCUGUCUAAUUUAAUGGAUUUAACAAUAAACCACGAAGGUGAGAAAAA